AGCCAGUGGAAGUUUUCUGUACGUCACUUAUGGAUUAUUUCCGAGAUGUGUGCAAAUCUGUGGCCAUGGAGCGUGAAGUAACUCUUGAUCACCUGUUUAUUGAUGGGACACUUGUUCAAAGCCAAACUGAAACCAAGACUGGGAAGAAUAGUGUAAAAACAAUGGAAAAGGAGCUGGUGACUUGCAGUCUGCAAGGGAAGGAAAAGGCAGCCCUUAAAAGAAGCCAAAUAUUUCAAAUCCCAGGAGGUAAAGACUUAGAGACUAAAGUGAUUGUGGUGCUGGGAAAAGAAAGCAUUCUUGUUCAGAAGAUCUGCCAGGACUGGUCCAACGGAGAGUUUUCUCAAUUUGAAUUUGUAUUUUGGUUUGACUGCAAACAAAUAAGCUUGCCUGAGAAGCAAUACAGCCUGAAGGAUCUGCUUCUUGAAUUUGUUGUGAAACCUCAAGAGGGAAGCAAAGAGAUCUUUGAGUAUAUAUUGCAAAAUCCUGCUAAAGUCCUUCUGGUUUUUGAUGGGUUUGAAGGGUUGCAUGAUCAUGAGAAUUUUCCUCGUUGCUCAGCAAGCCAGCCUGAAAAAGACUUGUGCAGUAUAAAGGAGCUGCUUUCAGGACUCAUCCAAAAAAAGAUACUCAAUGGUUGUACUUUAUUACUUACAGCAAGACCAAAAGAGAAGGUGUACCAGUAUGUGUCCAAAGUGGAUAAGACUAUUGAAAUAGUAGGAUUUUCCCCUCAGCAGAGAGAAUUGUACAUAACCAAAUACUUCGAAGGGUUACCCUACUGUGAUAAUGCACUGAAAUUAAUCAAAGAGUGUGAGUACUUGUUCAGUCAUUGUUACAGCCCUGUUAUGUGUAGAUUUGUUUGUUUUCUCUGUGAGACAGUACUUGAAAUGGGAGGCAAAAGCCUUCCUUCAACUCUUACUACAGUCUUCCUGAAAUUUGUUCAGCAAAAGAUAAUACCUAUGCAAACAGAUGUUACAGCCAUGCAAAAUCAAGAGAGUCUUGCUAUGCUAGCCCAUGUAGCAUGGUAUCUUGGAGAAAAGCAUCAAAGUGCCAUGAAAAGUGAUCUUCUUCAUUCUAAGGAAGUUAAAGAAUUUGCUCUGAAAUACGGACUUUUGCUGCCAUUUGCAUUCCCCAGACAUUCAGAUAGUGGAGAAGGGGAAUUUGGAAGCACAUUCUCUGAUUUUGUCAUUCAGAAUUUCUUGGGUGCACUUCACCUUAUGUUAGCAGAAGAGAUCAAGGAUAAAAGUCUAACAAAGUACCUGUCUUUUCCAUCCAAGAAGAAAAAACCUUAUAACUGGUUAGAUUUAGUACCUCGAUUUUUGGCUGGAUUGUUGUUCCUCCAAGAUGACCCCUACUUCUGCUCCCUUUCAAAUAAGGAUCUAAAACAAUCAACCAAGAAGCAGAAAAUACUCUUGAAAUGUAUUAGAAGGCUGCAGAUAAAUGAGCUCUAUCCGGAGAGGUUACUUGAGCUUUUACAUUGUAUUUAUGAAACACAAAGCAAUUAUCUUUUGCAGCAUGUGGCCUUAAGGCUCAAGCCAGACCUGUCUUUUCUGGGCAUAGUUCUUACACCACCUGAUGUCCAUGUACUGCACUCUAUUUUAAAAAGGUCAAGAAAAGAGUUUUCCUUGGAUUUACGAAACAGCAGCAUUGACAUGCAAGGCCUAAAAGACUUGGUUGGCCUAAAGAAUGUGACAUCAUUCAGGGCUUCCCUCAGUGAUACAGUCAGGCUCUGGAAAUCUUUAGAACAGACAAAAGACUACGAACUGUUGAGAGCAUCAACAGAGAAAUUUGUUCUUGAUCCCUUUAAGGCAAAGACAAUGAAGGAUGUCAGUGAUCUUUCAGACCUUGUAGAGAUGCAGAAGAAGAUGAUCAAUUGUGUGCAAGAUGCAUCUGAUUGCAGCAGCUAUGAAAUUCCUGCCAUCAAAAACCUCAGAAAACUAGAAUUUGCGCUGGGUCCAGUAUGUGGCCCUCAGGGAUUCCUGAAACUCGUGGAAAUUCUUGCAGCAUUUCCAUCACUUCAGCAUUUAGACCUUGAUGCUCUGAGUGAAAAUGGCAUAGGAGAUGAAGGAGCAAAGAGUCUAUCUGAAGUCUUUCCAACCCUGAGAUCACUGGAAACUUUAAACUUAUCGCAGAAUAAGAUAACAGAUGUGGGUGCGGAGAAACUAGCUACAGCUCUUCCUUCCUUGUCUUCAUUAAAGACACUAAGCUUGUACAAUAAUAGCAUUUGUGACUUUGGAGCAGAAAAUCUUGCGAAAGUUCUUCCUGCGAUGGCAUCUUUAAGAGUGCUAGAUGUUCAGUAUAACAAAAUAACUGGUGUUGGAGCCCAGCAGCUGACUGACAGCCUACGAAAAUGUCCUCAUAUAAAGAACUUGGUGAUGUGGAAUCCCACCAUUCCCUAUGGAGUUCUUGAACAUCUUCAGCAGCUGGACUCUCGGAUCAGUGUGUAG